CUUUAUUUUUUUUCUCAAGUUCUAAACCGACAGAUUAUUUCCAAAAUUAUUUAAUAAACUAACCUCAAUUUUUGACACAAAAAUAAAAGAGAUUACCUAGGCACUCUAUAUACUUUAAUUAUAUUUUAUAAAAUAAUAAAAUUAUCGAAUUAAAAUAUUUUUUUAAUUAUAACACAUUUUAAAAUGGCUCUACAAAGAUACUUUCUACAGGCGACAAAACAAUACAUAAUUAAAUGUCAUAUUCUGCAGUCAAAUAUAAGGCCUUCUUAUUGCCAGUUGCAUCAUCAAUACAGCAGUAAAACACAAAGAAAAUAUACUGAUAGGCACGAGUGGGUAAUUGUAGAAAAGGAGAUUGGAACAGUUGGUAUAAGCAAAUAUGCACAGGAAUCUCUUGGAGAUGUUGUUUUUGCACAGCUACCAGACCCAGGGUCUUUGGUGUUAGCUGGUGAGGAAUGUGGUGCAUUGGAAAGUGUUAAAGCAGCUAGUGAGAUUUAUUCUCCAGUAAGCGGUACAGUGACAGAGAAGAAUAGUGAGGUGGAGGACAAACCGGCACUUAUAAACACAUCCUGUUAUGAGAAAGGCUGGCUCUUCAAACUUAAAUUGACGAAACCUGAAGAACUAAAUGAUCUUAUGACUGAGGAACAGUAUGAGAUAUUUUUAAAGACUGAUGUAGCAAAGGAGAAAGACUCAUAAAUAAUAAUUUGUUAUA